AUGCCCUUCGGGAUGUUUGGGGGACAUAAUGCCCCACAACAAACUUAUGCAACGACAAGACAAGAAUUAGCACAAUUCAAAUCUGCCCCAAUACUCAACCCACACUUCAACAUGGUUGUGAGAUACCUAGACUGUUUGAACCGAUUCAUGGACGCCCUCAUUGCCGUUCAUGGUCCAGGAGGAGUGAGGGAGUGGUUGUUAGAAGUAACAGCAUUCCUUACUGCUUGUCAAAAACGUACUUUUCAGCGUAUGCCCUUAUCAAUGCCCCUCAAUCUCGAAGCAACCACUACCACUGGGGUGAAAAUUACUGACGGUAGAAACCCACAAGAACGUCAAGCCAUUAUAUCCUUCACGACAUACUGGCGUCGUAUGACCCAGCCACCCUUCAUGAUGGGAAGACCGGAAUGUCAAAUCGUGUUGAUCACAUUGGCGGAAUACGUCAGUCAGUAA